AUGGCUGAGGAAGCGCGAAUCGAAGGAGCCAUCCGGGAGGUCAGGCGCAUUGCAGACACGAAUCCUUCAGCCCCAGAAUCCUGGGAGCAACGGCUACACAUUGCGCGCACGGCCAUCGCAACGCUGGAGUCGACAGGGUUCGUGCAGAUGCCUAACAGGAAUACAGACCGCACAUUCGUCAUUGCGUCGUUGCAAAGCCUGGCUUAUCAUGACGCAGAAGGGGCUGGGGUCCCCGAUAUCGCGGAGUGGUGUGUGAACCAGUGGUUGUUGUUGCUGCAGAGAAACGCCGAAGAUCUUUCUGCGCUCAGGGGACUGGGUCAAGCGUGGCUAGCUCGAUCUCAGAGCGUUCUCGCACGAAUCCAUCGCACCGAAGGAAGCUCCUCCAGUGGCAGCAGCGGCCGGCCUCAGAGCCUAAGCGAGAGACUGUCGUAUACCACGGCUGAAGAGUCCAGGGAUGCAGAACGGGCAACUGCCGAAGCCGACGCACGAGCACACACGGCUGAUUAUGUGGAAGCACGCGGAAUGCUCAUUCCGGCGGUCGACUAUUUCUCUAGGGCUGUCGACGUGGCCGAAAGGGAUGGACAGCUCGCAGGGGAGCUGCUCUCAGAGGCCGCCGAAGCGAACAUGAGUCUUGGCAACGUUUCAUAUUCGCAUCAGAACGAGCAGUACUUUCACAGAGCCAUACGGUACCUGCGGCGAGCAACACAGAUCCCCGGGUUUCGCUUAUCGGCUUACCUACAGAGCUACCUCGAUGAUUUUGUGUUGGAAGCACGUCUUGAACAGGCAGCGAUGCUAAAGAAGGUCGUGGAUGCUAUCAAAGACCUCGUCCAAGACUGCAACUUUGACUGCAAUGACUCCGGCAUCGCCCUCCAGGCCAUGGACAACUCCCACGUCGCCCUCGUCUCCAUGAUGCUCAAAGCAGAGAUGUUCUCCCCCUACCGAUGCGACCGCAACAUCGCCCUCGGUAUCAACCUCAACUCCUUGACGAAAGUCAUCCGUGCCGCCCAGAACGAAGACAUCCUCACCAUCAAGGCUGAAGACUCGCCGGACGUUGUGAAUCUCGUGUUCGAGAGCAGCGACACGGACCGUAUCAGCGAAUACGAUAUCAAGCUGAUGGACAUUGACCAAGAGCAUCUGGGAAUCCCCGACACAGAGUACUCAGCGACGAUCGAGAUGCCGAGUGCUGAAUUCCAGCGCAUUUGCCGCGAUCUGAUUGCCAUGUCAGAGUCAGUAUCGAUCGAAGCCAGCAAGGAUGGCGUCCGCUUCUCGUGUCAAGGCGACAUCGGCAGCGGCAGCGUCACCAUCCGCCAGAACUCCUCGGUGGACAAGCCGGAUCAAGAAGUCAAGAUCGCGCUGAGUGAACCCGUCUCGCUGACAUUUUCGCUCAAAUACCUGGUCAACUUCUGCAAAGCAAGCAGUCUCUCGACAAAGGUCAAACUCUGCCUCUCGCAGGAGGUACCACUUUUGGUGGAAUACACCCUGUCCGGGAGUAGCUAUUUGCGGUUCUAUCUCGCGCCCAAGAUUGGUGAUGAUGAGUGA